GGGCGGGCAAGGAAUAUAGUGUGUGUAGCUAUAAGGCUACGAACUGCUAGCUCCAUGAUGUCUCUAAAGCUCAUGGUACUCUCUCUGUGACUCUUGGCCGCAACCUUGGGUAGAGUCACACCCGUCGAUCCAAUAAUUCUGAAGGUGAAUAGAAUGCUCGGCAGCUGCUCAAACGCGCUGCAUUUUUUCGUCUUUGCCGAUAUAACAAACUCGAUGACAGAUGUCAUUACUGAUGGUCCGCAAUUUUGGCGGGCACGCGCGACCAGAAACCCUCGGUCAAAAUUAGACCAUCUCUCUCACACCUUCAACAACGCGCGCUUCUUCUAGGAUUGUUGAUCACCGUACACUCAUCUCCGGCGUCCGAUUGUUCUCGGAGACCUCGUUUCGCCUAUCAUGGCGCUCAUCGACAGAGUCCCUGGGGACUUGAACCUGUAUAUCGGUGGCAUGUUCACUCUACGACGGCGCGAGGCCCUCCAGCAAGCCAAUAUUACGCACGUCUUGUCGGUAUUGCGCACACCACUAGAUCAAGACUUGUUCGGCCCCUUCAAGCACAUGGUGGUGGAGGUCGACGAUGUCGAAGACGAAAAUCUAUUGGAGCAUUUCCCUGCCACAAAUCGCUUCAUACGGGAGGGGCUUAAGGGAGGUGGCGGAGUCUUGGUGCAUUGUGCUAUGGGCAAGUCACGAUCGGCUACCGUCGUCAUCGCUUAUUUGAUGCAAGAGCACAACAUCAGCCCGUCGGAGGCUUUGUCGCACGUUCGGCAAGCGCGAUCCAUCUGCGAACCAAACGAGGGCUUCAUGAAACAACUGGAGCUAUACGGUGAGAUGCAGACACCUGAAAACGUCGAAGAUACCCCGGCCUAUCAACGAUGGGUUUACCAACGGGAAAUCGAGCUGAGCCGCGCGUGUGGCCAAGCUCCAGAGGCGGACAAGAUUCGCUUCGAAGACGAACAUGUCGCCGACGAAUCUUCCGGUUUCGAAUUGAGAUGUCGUAAAUGCAGACGAGCAUUAGCGACGUCACAAUAUCUACUACCGCAUGGGUCCACCCCAUCUGUCAGCGACCAGAACGCAGAAGCUCAAAAAGCUCCAUCGCAGAACUGUGCCCACUACUUCCUAGAUCCCCUGUCGUGGAUGCGCCCGGAGCUCGAACAAGGCAAGUUGGAAGGGCGUCUGGAGUGUCCAAAAUGCCACACCAACGUAGGCAAGUAUGCCUGGCAGGGGAUGCAGUGUAGUUGUGGAGAGUGGGUCGUCCCCGGUAUCAGCCUUUCCAAAGGUCGAAUCGAUGAAGCAAGGAAAGCAAACUUUGGCAUCCGGCGUCCACCGGGAGCUUCAGGUCCGCCUCCGUUAGGGGCAGUUCAGUCAAAGGAGAACCUAUAAGAUCUUUGAAAGAUGUUGCUAUACAUCAGCUCGGCGAGGAGAAGACAGCUCACAUUUAGCUUCUUCGGUGGCCCGUGCCCUAUCAAACCCCCAAGAAGGACAUACCUCCGAUCCACUCGGUCACUUCAUCACCACAGGGAAGAUGGUAAAGAUGGUAAAGAAUUCUCUCAGCUCGGGAACACUACAAGCCGACGUGUAACCACAUGAUGGGGCAGUAAGCUCAAUCGAUCUCUGUAUCGGCUACCAAUCUAUCUAUCUCACUCCUAUCGCUACUAAAUCUACGAUGAAGAUUACGGGUACGUCGCCCGGACGGCAUCUGUGUGCAACAAAGCUAGCGAAUAGACAGACAGUACUAAGCCGUAUAUGCCUUUGCUCUAUACGUUAGUUCCCGUAGCCUCCAGCCAAGUAUUCUAGACUACGCCCAUGGCUAGCCUACCAGUC